CAACUUUUCAAGUCACCUACAUCCUCCUACUUUCGACAUUUCAACGAGUUGCCCUGUUUUUCAACACGACACGACACACAAUGAUCACCCAAUCUGCGCGGCGGCCGCUGAGCAGCUGGAAAGCCGUCCUGCGGAGAACCCGCCAGCAGCGAAACCAGCAGCAGCAGCAGCAGAUGCCGCAGCUAUUCCGCGCAAUGGCUACCGAAGCCACUCCUACGGCCUCUGCUUCCACACCACCACCUCCUCCUCCUGCUACUGCUGCUCCGGCCGUCGUGAAGCCCUCGCUUUACACCCGCAAAACCAACAACCCCCACAAACCUAUCCGGCCCGUCUUCGCCGUGUACCCGCGCGUGCCCUCGGCGCACAAGACUUACCCCUCGCCGCUGGACACGUACCACGCGCAGCAAGUGCAGCGACUGGACAAGACGGGGGCGCGGCGGGCGCUCUUCUCGAAGGCGAACCGGGACGCGGCGAAGCCGGGGGACGUGCUACAGGUGACGACGCGGCGCGGGGGCGGGGAGCCGUUCGCGGGCGUGUGCCUGUCGAUCCGGCGCGCGGGCGUCGACACGGCCAUCCUCCUGCGCAACCACGUCGCCAAGGUCCCCGUCGAGCGCUGGUUCAAGCUCUUCUCCCCCAACGUCGCCGGCAUCGAGAUCGUCUGGCGCCGCCCCAAGCGCGCCCGCCGCGCCCGCCUCACCUACAUGCGCAAGCCCAAGCACGACAUGGGCAACGUCGAUCACCUCGUUGAGGCCUGGCGCCGCACCAGGAACGUCUUCACUACCAAGGGCCGCGCCAAGGCGAAUGCCGCCGGCGCGCAGGGUGCGAAGCGGUAGAGGGAAAGAUAGCUGGAGGUGGAGGGGGAGGGGUAUGGCUAUUGCUAUGCCAGACGGUCGAACAAGAGAAUGGGUUGGAAGAACUUGUUUCUUCUUGCUGAAUCUUGGCCCCGAAAGAGGGAGACUAGGAGUCAGUGAAGAGGCAGGCCCCUUGAGAGUUGUACAGGGAUGGGAAUUCGCAUGUAUGUAUGUAUAUAUAAAUGCGUAUUCUGUGAACGUGUAACAUAAGUACUACAUACCAACCAACCAACCACGAUUCAAUGUGAAUGUUACGUUAACGAUGCGUAUAAAACAAUUCAGGCAGCCGAUAUACCUCUCAUAUACCUUCUAGGUGGACGUGGGCGAGGGGAAUAUAUCUAGCACAUCUUUCCAGUGUAAUCUCACAAGA